UGGUGAUGCAACAAGUUUCUAGGAAAGCGCUACCAGAACUAGACAAAAUGGCUUGCGCAGCAGACAGCUGCAUACAAUUCACACGCCAUGCAAGUGAUGUUCUGCUCAACCUGAAUCGGCUGCGCAACAGAGAUAUUCUCACAGAUGUCACGAUUUUGGUGAACAGACAGCAGUUUCGUGCACACAAGACCGUUCUCAUGGCUUGCAGUGGGCUGUUUUACACCAUCUUUACUGACUCCCACAAGUGCAACCUUAAUGCAAUCAGUCUGGAUCCCAAAGUAGACCCAGAGGGCUUCGCCAUCCUGCUGGAGUUUAUGUACACCUCCCGUCUCACACUAAAGGAAAGUCUGAUCAUGGCUAUCAUGAACACAGCCAUCUACUUGCAGAUGGAUCAUGUUGUGGACACCUGCCACCGAUUCAUCAAGGCCAGUGAUCCAGCUGCCAAGCUGCCCAGAGAUGAGUUUUUGGUCAGUCCCUUGGUUUUACCUCAGGAUGUCCAUGCAUACCGGCCCCAUGAUGUCGUUGACAGUUUGCACAGCCGUGUAGCUCCGUUUAGGGAUGGACGGCCCUACAGCUCCAACAUCUUCAACGGGGUCAGCACCCCCAGCAACUACCAUCUCUACGGGCAGUUUCCCAUGCCAGGAUUCCCCUUCCCUCUCUGCAAGCUGACUGAUGCCAAAAACGCUUUCGCAGACCUCUCUAAGAGCAGUAUCCACCACAAGCAUUGUUCUCCGCAUGACAGCGCCAACACCAUCAGGGCAGAAUACACCAGGGCAGUUGGCAGCAGCUCCUCCAGCAUUAUUCACUCCACCACCUACGCUUCCAGGGAGUUAGCGAGAGACAAUGAGAUAAGGAAGGAAAGCCAUGAGGGGGUCAGCAGGUCUAUCGGUCUCGGUACAAGGAAGCGUAUGUUUCCUGUGUUAAACCUCGAGCACCAGAAAGACUCCGGCAAAGAGCUCGCUCCUCAGGCAGAGGAAGACCUGAUCCAUCAGCACUAUCCACUGGGAAUCUCCUCCGCUGGACGCAAGAGCCUCAUGAGCAGCCCUCAGAGCCCCCUCAAAUCAGACUGCCAGCCCAACUCGCCGACUGAGUCCAGCAGCAGCAAGAACGCCGGACUCUCCCAAGCCGCCGGAGUGCAAGCCCCGCAAGGCACGCAGGAACCCAAAGCUCGGAACUGGAAGAAGUACAAGUUCAUUGUUAUGAAUCAGAGUGCUAAGGAAGAGGAGGUGGGGCUGCGGGAUCCUGGGCUCCGGUCUCCUCAGCACCUCGGUCUGCAACCCUACCUCCACCCCAGUGACUCGGAGAACCUCGACCCACAAACCAUAAGCAAGAGCAACAAUCACAGCGAGGAUCCGCCGGUGCCCCAGGCUAGUCGUCUUAACAACAUCAUCAACAGUGCACUUGAGGGCUCAUUGAGGAACGGUGACAGCCACGCUCCUCACUACCUGAGCCGCUUGAACUGCUCCUCCUGUGGCGCCCAGCCCCCCCAGCACUCGGAGGUCUGCCCCAACACCUCUCGCUCCCGGCUGGCAGAAGACAUGACAGAACUGCACUCAGAAUACUCUGACUCCAGUUGUGAGAACGGUACUUUCUUCUGUAACGAAUGUGACUCCAAGUUUGCGGAAGAUGAGGCACUGAAACAACACAUGCUUCAGGUGCACAGCGACAAGCCAUACAAGUGUGACCGCUGCCAGGCCGCUUUCCGCUAUAAGGGCAACCUUGCCAGCCACAAGACUGUCCACACAGGAGAGAAGCCGUAUCGCUGUAAUAUCUGUGGUGCUCAGUUUAACCGACCAGCUAACCUCAAGACUCACACUCGCAUCCACUCAGGAGAGAAGCCAUACAAAUGUGAGACGUGCGGAGCUCGUUUCGUGCAGGUAGCCCAUCUCCGUGCCCAUGUGUUGAUCCACACGGGGGAGAAGCCAUAUCCCUGUGAGAUCUGUGGAACACGCUUCCGUCACCUGCAGACGCUGAAGAGCCACCUUCGUAUCCACACGGGAGAAAAGCCCUACCAUUGUGAGAAAUGCAACCUGCACUUCCGCCACAAGAGUCAGCUCCGGCUGCAUCUUCGUCAGAAGCACGGCGCCAUCACUAACACAAAGAUCCAAUACCGGAUGUCCACGGUUGACAUGCCCACCGAUUUGACGAAGGCGUGCUGAGCCACAUUAAAGGAACAGUUUCAUUGGAGGCAAUCUUGACCUUGGCAUUUAAAGACCCCAACUUGUACAAUCAUCCAAAAUUGUAGUGCCACACUGUGUUCAUUAGACAAAUAAAUUGGCUGUGUACGCCACUCUAAACGGGUUUCCACUACAUGUGAACGUAGAGCCACAUACGGCAUCUUAGUCACUUUAUUGUUUCUAUAUAGAUAUAAAUAUAUAUAUACAUGUAUGUAUGUUGGGAGUGUUUCUAAGCUUUGA